UGAUAGUACAAAAAUUAUUAAUUAAUAAAAUAUAUUAAAUUAAUUUUUUUUCUCUUGUGUAAGUGUGUGUAUAGUUUUGUGAAUUUUACAUGUAAUUUUCAAAACGAAUUAAAAUUUAUGUUUUACGAUGCUAAAUAACCUGAGAUUUGUCAUACGAAGUUUUGCGAAUAGUAAGAUUUUAAAUGAAAAUACAUACUUAAAAAACAUAAAAUUCAAUCUGCUUAAUCUUUUUUUAAUUUUAUAAACAUUUUUUAAUUCUCCUAUAUUAUUUAGUGAAAUUAAAAUUCAAUUAUUACAUAUAUACAUCAUUGAUUUUAUAAAUAAUCAAUACUUUAAUUUGCUGGUCUUAUAUACCAUUAUUAUUACAACAAUGAUGUUAUUAAGUACACUUUUGUUAAUUUCAGUUCUAUAGAAUUUAACAUUUUGUACCUCUUAAAAUAAACGUAUCUAUAAAAAAUAUGUUUUUAUUUAAAUCAUAAAAACUACCUAGUACAUACUAUUGAAUCUUGAUAAAAAAACAAAUUAGUUAAUUGUACAUUUUUGUAAAAAAACUAAAAAUAAAGUAAUACAGUAUGUUUUCAACUUUUUUGUUAUCUAAUUUAAAAAAUAACAAAAAUUAAUUCAAAUUUUUCAGUGUUAUUAAAUUAUUCAUGAAAAGUUUAAAAUAUAGCAAAAAAAUUGCAACUUUUUUGCUUUUGGUAUUAAUUCAUAAUUUGUAUUUUUUUUUUGUUUUAUAUAGUUACCAUUGCUGCUAACAAACAUGUACAUCUACCAAUACGAACUAUUUGUUCUUUGAAUCAGACACCUUUGGGUUCACCUGUCUUACCCAUUUCUAUUAAUUUGCCAACUUUAUCAACCAAAAGAAUUAUUAUAGACAAACCUUGUCCAUGUCUUCCUAUAAGAAUUCCUCGACCGACAAUAUCUUUUCCUCUAGUUGAUCCUUUAGUCAAUAAUGAUAACGAGAUUCAAGCAGCACGGUUGAUAGUAAUUCGGCGUAAUAAAAUGAAAAAACAUAAAUUAAAGAAAUUAAGAAAGCGCAUGAAGUAUGUAUGGGCCAAAGUACGUCAAAAGAGAGAACUAAGAAAAGAAAAAGCUUUUCAAGCUGAGUUAAUGAGUCAAGUUAGUAUAAUAAAGUAUAAUAGAAUAACUAUAAUUUAAAAAAAAAUAAUAUAUUUAUAUUUUAAUAACUUCUAAUUGAAUUUCAUGUUAAUACUGCAAUUACAAAUAUCUUUAAAUUACCAAAUGAAAAAAAAUUAAUUUUCUAAAUAGUAAAUUGCAGCAUAAACUAUUUAAUCUUAUUAACAAAAUAGCUUAUUUAAAUCUAUUUAAAACAUAUCCAAAAAUUUUAGGUUAAAGAAGCUGAACAAUUUAAAGCUGUUGAUUAUGUUCAAGACAAAUUAAAUAUCAUUAAUAUGACAAUAUUGCCUAAUACAUGGAGAGGGAAACGGUUACCGGAGUUUGUUAUUAAAGAUUUAAUAAACAAAGCUCAAGCAAAAAGACAAGCUAAGUUGGAGGCUAAAGAAAGAAGAAAAAAAUUGAUGGCUUCUUACUCUUACCCAAAGUCUAUGUAAUUUUAUUAAUUUUGUAAGUUAUUCAUUAUAGUAGAAUAAUAAUAAAAUUACAAUAUUGUUAAUCAUAGUCUAUAGUUAUUUGUAAUCUUAAAAAUUGAUAUUAAUUGGUUUGUACUAAAUUUUGUACAAAAGUUGGUAUAUUGUUUAUCCAAUAAUUGAUACAAUAUUAAAUACCUAAAAUCUAUAUAUAUAUAUAUAAAAAAAAAAACAAUUGAUUUAUUUUAUGGUUUUGUAACAAUUUUACAGAGUCAAUUCAUAUUUACCUUUAAUAAUAUAAAAAGCAAAAUUGUGUAAAUACAAACAAAUUAACCAUAACCUAAAUAAUUAAUGGAAUUAUUCAAUAUAAUAUAAGUCUUAUCUAGUAGCAAAUCCAUAUUCUUUUGCUACAUUUUCGGCAAUUACAAGGUAUUGUAUAUCUGUAGGACCUGCAUAUAUUUCAGUUAUCCUUGCAUCUCUGUAAUGUCGUUCAGCCGGCAUAUCUGUAACAUAUCCCAUUCCACCGAGAAUCUGGAUACAAUUGUGUGUAACAUAUGUAGCUGUUUGUGAUGCUUCUAAUUUGGCCAUAGACGCUGCCUGAGAAAAUACACAAAUUACAUGGUGAAAAAUAUUGUUAAUCAUAAAUCGUAUGUUAUGGUACAGUUUUAUAAACCUAUCAUUUACCAUGGUGAAAGGUCUUUCAUUAUCUUUCAACCACGCUGCUUUCCAAGUUAAGAGCCGAGCAGCCUCCAAUCGUGUAGCCAUUUUUGCAAUUCUUUGCUGGUAAUAUAAAAAAAUAAGUUAACUAAUAAAACAUACAUUAAAUGAGUUUUAAUAUCAUUCAUACCUGAACACCUUGCAUUUUAAUAAUAGCUUUACCAAAAGCAAUUCUUUUUCCAGCAUAGUUAAGAGCACAUUCCAAUGCGCCUUGUGAUAUGCCCAAUGCUUGAGAUGCAAUACCAAUCCUUGCAACAUCUAUAAAAUAUUU